AACACUUUAUAAUCCAUACGACUUUGCUGUUCGUUAUAAGGUGUUAUGCACAGCUCCAAGAAAAUAUUCAAUUGCCGAACCACAAGGCGAAAUUCGUGCACAACACUCUGUAGAUACUGUCAUACGUCUUCUUGAUACAUCAUCAUCAUCAACAAAUCAGAAUGUUGUACAUAAAAUACGUAUACAAUUCUUUGAUCGUCGAAAAUCUCAAGAUCUUAUUGGUAAACGAGAUGUAACUUGUUCAAUUCUAUCUUAUAAACCAUUAGAACAAAAUUUUGAUGAAGAACCAAAUACAAAUAGUACAUCAAAUAGAAAUAAAAUGAAUACAACAGCAGCAACGACAACAGCAACAAAUUCUAUUGUUACUACACAACAAGAAACACGUGAUCCAUUAGUUAUUUUUCUUCUAACUGUACUUAGUGCUAUUUGUGCACUUAUUCUUCUAGCACCAGCAAUACCUGAUAAUGAAAAUAAUUUCAAUACACGUAUACCAUCUUAUUUACAUAUGACAACUAAUUCAAAAGUGAUUGCUAGUUAUAUACUUGGUCUUUUAACUGUGGUUUUUAUUCGACGAUAG